AAUUUCCUCAGAGAUUUAACUUAAAAGUGUGCUUGGUCCAUGCAGGACAGAUAGCAACAGCUCUGCUCGCGUGGCUGUGCAGCUUUCCAGCUCUCUGAUUGGCCAGCGGUGAUUACAGGCACGCUUCAGAGGGCGAACAAACAACGGGCAUAAAUUAUGCUAAUGAGAUGGUCGUGCGGCACGGGGCAGACCUGAUGCAAACCAUUCAUUCAUCUUUCACAAAAAUGCCAAAGCUAGGGGGGCUUGUCCAUUGUCUCACCCGGGUAUAUAAGGCAUGUGAGGCCGGUCGUGUGCCAAGCUCACUGGCUCACACGAGCUGAUUGAGGGGUAAGAGCAAGACAGACGCGUGCCUUUAACUCCAACACAAACUAUCUGCAGGACUUUGCAAACCUUCAAACACCUUGUUUCAUCUACCAGCUCUCAUCAGGUAGCCAAUAAUGUGCACUGCAAUGGAGACCCUAUACUCCGACAUGGAUAACUCAAGCUGUGACUACUCGUUUACGCACACAGAUGAUGAAGACUCGCGCAGCAGCAGCAGCCACGCCGCAUCCCCCGCAUCCUCCUGCGGAAAGCCACCUGCAUCUCCAGCCGACAGCCUGCAGGAGGGCAACGCCGAGCUGCAGCCAAAAAAGAGGCGUAGGGGGCGCGCCAGGAACGAGGCCACCGUGCACGUCGUAAAGAAAAACCGCCGGAUGAAGGCAAACGACCGCGAGAGGAACAGGAUGCACAACCUCAACGACGCCUUGGAUGCCCUGAGAAGCGUGCUGCCCGCGUUUCCCGAUGACACAAAGCUCACCAAAAUCGAGACUCUGCGCUUUGCCCACAACUACAUCUGGGCACUUUCAGAGACCAUUCGGAUCGCAGACCAGCGGCCGAACAAGACGAGAGACGCCGCGCUGAUGCUCCCGGGAUUAAGCCGCGUCAUGGAAACGCCUAGCCCGAGCGGGGACUCUUGCUCUUGGGCAUCCAGUGCCUCCUCCUCGGCUUCAUCUCCGUCUUACUGCAAUUCAGAUCCCGGCAGCCCACCAGCCAUUGACGAUUUUGGAUAUUUGCAGACUGAUGUAGUUUACAGCUACCACAAAUUCAUGCCCAGAAUCUAUUAAGAUGAUAGACUAAAGUAUAGGUGCAGAAGUAUGUAGUGUAACAACAGAGGAUGUUUCUGAUACCUUUUUAUCAACAUUAGGUGUUCACUGUUUGCCUUACAGUUCACAAACGAGAAUGUUUUUGUAUUGUUUUUGUACGUUUUGUAUCCUUGAUAUUGACGGUUUUCCAAUAUCUUUGCACUUUUCCAGCGCGCUGCAUCUUUUGGCGUAUGACCUUAACCCCAGUUAGAGAAAAUUAUCAUUUAAACCAAGACAGAUUUGCCUUGGCAGUGCGAGGUGAAAAGUCAAUAUUACAAUUUGUAGAGGGGCAAAGCAGAAAAGCGAGCGUGGAAAUUCAGUUUCAACGCCGUGACAAUAGACUGAAAAGCCAUCAAGAGACAAAGAUCUGGCCUUAUGCAUUAUGUAUUUUGACCCGUAGAAACUCCUCUGUCUGGCUUAUCCAUAAGAGAGUACAGUUUACUAGCUCUCAUCACUUUCUUUACUUUCUUUUUAUUUUAUUUAUUC